UAAAAAUCUAUUUAUAUUCUCAUCUUCUAUUCGCUCUCAUCAGUUCCGCCCCUUACUCCGACCAGCUCUUAUUCCUCCUCUCCGUCACCGCCGCCGCCAUUUUCGCCGGCAAUGGACGGACCUAGAUUCGUAAUCGAAGCACCAGAAGCGGAAUCCAUGGCGAAAAAAUCAGGCAUCGCAAUCCCUCAGCUUCUUCCAUCUCUGGUUGAAUCGGCGCAGGGCUUAGCCCGGCCGCCGAUCUCUAAAUUCCACGUCGGCGCCGUCGGACUUGGAUCCUCCGGCAGAGUGUUCUUUGGAGUGAAUCUUGAAUUUCCUGGCCUUCCUCUUCAUCACUCUGUUCACGCCGAACAAUUCCUCGUCAUGAAUCUCGCUCUCAACGACGAAUCUCGCCUCAAUUUCCUUGCCGUCUCUGCCGCGCCGUGUGGCCAUUGCCGCCAAUUUCUUCAAGAAGUUCGCGCCGCUGCCGAGAUCAAAAUCUUCGUCUCCUCAAUCGAAUCCUGUUCCAAAUCGAACGAUUACGUUCCUCUCCCCGAACUUCUCCCCCAUCGAUUUGGCCCCGAUGACCUUCUUGAUAAGAGCAUUCCGUUGAUUCUCGAACCUCGAUUUAACGGCCUUUCCCUGCCGGACGAAUCCGCCGGAAAUCAUAAUGGCGAUUGGGAGAAACUCCAACGCGCCGCCCUAAACGCUGCGAAUGUGUCCCACGCGCCGUACAGUAAAUGUCCUUCAGGAGUUGCGGUGAUGGACGCUGAUGGACGAAUUUACAAAGGACCGUACAUGGAAUCGGCGGCGUAUAAUCCGAGUAUGGGGCCGGUACAGGCGGCGGUGAUAGCGUACGUCUCCGGCGGCGGUGAAGGGUAUGAGAAAAUCGUCGCCGCCGUGUUGGUGGAGAAGGAGGGCAUGGAGGUGAAGCAAGAACACACAGCAAGGCUGUUACUGCAGGUAAUCUCGCCGGUGUGUGAAUUCAGAGUGGUUCAUUGUAUCGCCGCCGUGUGAUUGGGCGGAAGAAAUUACCGGAGGUUCCUCCAUUAGAGAAGAGACUGAAGUGUUUGGUGCAUGUUAAUAAAGACGAUUUCGGAAUUUCAAUGGC